AUGGGGCGCCCGGUGCUGCUCGUCGCCGCGCUGCUGCUGCUGCUGCCCGGCACGGGAGCCGCCGUCACCCGCCUGAGAGUCUCCGCCAACUUCGUGAGCACCGGGGAAAGGGAGGGAGGUGGCCGAGGAAGGAGUGCCGGGCCACCGGUGAGUAGCUGCGGGGCGGGGCUGCCCCUGCCCGGGGACAUCGGCUCCUCCGGGGGGGGCUCCCGGUCUCCGGGGCAUGGGGCUCCCCGCUUCCGAGGAGUCCCGAUCCCCGGGGCUUCCAGGCUCCCUGGGCUCCCCGCUUCCGAGGACUCUGGAUCCCCGGGGCUCCACGCUUUCGAGGACUCCGGGUUCCCGGGGCUCCCUGUUUCUGAAGACUCACGCUCCCCGGAGUUCCCCGGCCGCUGGGGCUCCCCGCUUCCGAGGACUCCGGAUGCCAGGGGCUCCCCAUUUGCGAGAACUCCAAAUCACCUGGGCUCCUCCCUUCCGAGUACUCCUCCCCAGGGCUCCCCUUCCCGGGGCUCUCCUCUUCCGAGGGCUCCCGGUCCCCGGGGCUCCCAGUGCCUGCGGGAUCCCCGGCUCACGGCCGCUCCCCCUCUGCUCCCCCUCUGCUCUUCCUCCGCAGCCGACAGGACGUUGAGCCGCCCCCGCUGCCGCCGCCCGUCCCGCCCCGUGCCGCCGCUGGAGCCGCCCGCCCUGUCGCUGAGCCGUGCCCGGCUGUGCCUGCCCGCGCAGCCCUGCCAGCCCUGCCUGCGGGUGCGCCUGGCCCUUCCCGCCGCAGAGCUCGGCGGUGUCCGUGGGCUGCAGCUCACCUUCUUGGAGCUGAGCUCCAACCGGGCAGGCUGGCUGCAGGUCUGGAAGCGGCGCAGGGUGCUGGACAGCUCGACGUGGCAGGUGCAGUUCGACUGCUUCCCGGCUGAGAGCGGGCAGCAGGUCCUCGUCUCCCUCCGCACCAUCCCGGACCGGGGCUUGUCUCUCAGCCGCAGCUGCCUGGUCACCGCUGAGCCACACGAGCCUGUCUUCACCCAUGCAUGGGUCCCUGAGGCACGGGCCAUUGACGUGUGGGUGCCUGAGGGUCCUGCCCUCAUGGUGCGGCUGUGCCAUCAGCUGGCCCUGGAGUGUGAGGAGCUUCCCCCACCCUUCCAUCGGCAGGUGCUGGUGCCAGGUGGCCACCGCAUUUCGCUGCUGUAUGAGUUCCUGGUGCCCUGCCUGUGCAUUGAGGCCUCCUACCCUCACCACGACAGCCCGCGGAGUAAGCGCUGCCCCUUCCGUGAUCAGCCGGAUGCCUAUGGCCCUGAGCUGUGGUCCUCGGUGCGCUUCCACGACUACAGUGCCAGCAGCAAGGACCAGAUGGCAAUGGCGCUGAGUGCCAGCUGCCCCCUGCACCCACGGGCCACGCUGUGCUGGAGGGAGGCGGCGGAUGAAGCUGCACCCUGCCACAGCAUCCCCAACUCCACAGCCAGCGAGGAGGAGCAGGUUUACACACUGGACAAGGUGGAUGUGCACCCCCAGCUCUGCUUCCGAUUCUCCUAUGGGAACAGCAGCCAUGUGGAGUGUCCCCACCGGCCAGAGACUGCCUGGAACGUCUCAGUGAGUGUCUGGGGGCUGCAGCUGCGCCUGCAUCUCAGCUCCCGCAUCCCUGCGGCCUUCAGCGCAGCCCUGUGCCAGCGCCGGGGUGGGCAGUGCGAGCCUGAGGCCCCCCUCUACACUGUCACGCAGCCAGAGGGCUCUGCCCCAGGGGAGCUGGCGCUGCUACUGCCAGUGCAGGUCCUGGGCAGCUGUGUGCUGGUGUGGCGCUCGGACGUGCACUUUGCUCGGAAGCAGCUGCUUUGUCCUGACGUCUCCCGCAGGCACUUUGGGCUGCUGGGGCUGGCACUAGCGCUGGGACUGGUCGUGACCGUGCUGCUCCUCAACUGCCGCGGUGCCUGGAGGCCAGACAAUGGUGUCUCAAGCGGGCGCCCUGUGCUGCUGCUGUACUCGCCGGACUCAGAGGAGCACCUGGGGCUGGUGUGCACUCUGGCCGAGCGGCUGCGCACGGGGCUGGGCUGCGAUGUGCACCUGGACCUGUGGGAAGCAGGUGGCUUGGGGCAGUCGGGCACCCUGCCCUGGCUCUAUGCCCAGCGAGGCCAUGUGGGCCGCCAGCGUGGCACUGUCCUACUCCUCUGGAGCCGGGGCAGUUCCCGUCUCUUUCGUCGGUGGCAAGUCGGGGUAGCCAGUGGUAUGCCUGGGGAUGCCCACGACAUCUUUGGGGCAGCCAUGGCCUGCCUGCACGGGGAGCUGGGGGCAGCGGGCUGUGGCGGUGGGUGGAUCCUGGCCUAUUUCAGCCGGCUCUGUAGCCCCCGUGACGUGCCCCGGCCCCUCCGGCCCCUGCCCACCUACCGCCUGCCCCGGCAGCUGCCUGGUCUGCUGGGUGCCCUGCGGGGCAGCCCCCCAGCCCCUCGCCGCUGCCACCGGGGCAGGGCUGGGGGACUCCUGCGUCGGCUGAUAGAGGCAGGGGCUGAUGAGGGCAGGCGCCCACCUCAGCAACCUGGGGCAGCUGCUGGCACCUGA